GCGUGUUUGGAUGACGUAAUAAGCGCGCGCCGCUGCCGCCUGAGAGAACGGGCGCGGAGAAGUGGAGGCACCGCUGGGGUCGGGAAGGGAAGGCGACGAAGGUCCCCAUUUGAGGCCCGGGCGUUGACUACACAAGCCGCGGAGCACUGAGGCGCUAUUUGAGGCUCUCUUUAACUCGCUUUUGUGGGAGUUCUUUGCAUGUUGGUCGCUUCGGUUGGAAACCAGCUUCAAACUGCAAUAAAUGGCUUUGGACAUCUAUGAGCUAAUGUAUUUCCAGAAACGCCAAGGCUGACUGCAUAACUCAUUGCAAGGACAUCAGAUUCCUUAAAGCAGAUGGUCUAAAUUUGCUCUAGUGACCUGAACUUGUGGUCAUCACUUAGCUGGAGACGUGACCGCCGCCAUGGAUCAAAACAACAGUAUACCACCUUAUGCCCAGGGUCUAGCAUCCCCUCAGAGCGCAAUGACUCCUGGCAUUCCUAUUUUUAGUCCCAUGAUGCCAUAUGGUACAGGACUCACACCGCAACCUGUUCAAACCACGAACAGCUUAUCUAUUCUGGAAGAACAGCAAAGACAACAGCAACAGGCUGCAGCACAGCAAUCUACAUCACAACCAACACAAGGGUCCUCUGGUCAGACACCACAGCUUUUCCACUCACAGACACUUACCACCGCUCCUUUGCCAGGGAGCACAUCUCUUUACCCCUCUCCAAUGACUCCCAUGACCCCAAUAACUCCUGCGACACCUGCUUCGGAAAGCUCUGGAAUUGUGCCACAGCUGCAGAAUAUUGUGUCUACAGUAAAUCUUGGCUGUAAACUUGACCUAAAAACCAUUGCCCUUCGUGCUCGAAAUGCUGAGUACAACCCCAAGCGUUUUGCUGCUGUAAUUAUGAGAAUAAGAGAACCACGUACAACAGCACUCAUAUUCAGUUCUGGAAAGAUGGUGUGCACUGGGGCUAAGAGUGAGGAACAAUCCAGGCUGGCUGCCAGAAAGUAUGCGAGGGUUGUGCAGAAGUUGGGUUUUCCAGCCAAGUUUUUGGACUUUAAGAUCCAGAAUAUGGUGGGUAGCUGUGAUGUCAAAUUCCCUAUCCGACUUGAGGGACUGGUCCUUACACAUCAGCAAUUUAGCAGCUAUGAACCAGAGUUGUUUCCUGGCUUGAUUUACAGAAUGAUCAAACCAAGAAUUGUCUUGCUUAUUUUUGUUUCUGGAAAAGUCGUUUUAACUGGUGCAAAAGUCAGAGCCGAAAUUUAUGAAGCAUUUGAAAAUAUAUAUCCUAUUUUAAAGGGAUUCAGAAAAACAACGUAACAGUUCACUCUGCUUAUGCAAGAAGCUGAAGUACUUUUCAAAAGGUAUUGAUUAUGGCACAGCAGUAAAAAGAGACGUAAAGACUGAAACACCAGGACUUAGGAGUAUUUUCUCAGUGCCUGCUUCCCUGAUUUUCAUGGAAAGGGAAGUUCUCAUCAUGCAUUACGUCUGCCCUGAGUUACUGUGAGUUGCUUCAUUGCACUCUCCUUGAUGAAAUAAUUGAGUUUAUUUAUAUUUUUUAACUUUGAAACAAUUUUAACUGCUAUUUUUUUUCUAUCUGGAAAUCUUAUGCUGGCAGGCUGAUUAAAACUGUGUUAUCCAACCACUUAAAAUAUUUCGAUUACAGUAUUCUUCCAACCAUGGAUUUUAUAAUGAGAAAAUCUAACCCUUCGCUUUCCUUUCACAUUCCAUUUCCAGUGUUUAGCAGGACAAACUCGCGGUUGAAAAACAGGUGGCUGUAUAUAGAUAUUCCUAAUUUGGGGAAACAAUCAGUUUGAAAUGCUGAUGCUGUUUAUGACAAUUGAGAAUGGAAUCUGAAUAGUCCUGUGAUCAAUCUGACUCGCUUACGCUGCUGUUUUAAUGUGCUAUAUGCAUGACUAUAGUUUAAAUGUAUUGAAAUGUUUUUAUAAGAUUUUUCUUAACACAGUAUUAAAGCAACGCGUUUUGCCAUUUAA